AUGCCCUCCCGCUGCAGGAACACGCUGAACAUCGUGGUGACCACCCUUUUCGCUGCGGUGGUCCUCUUCACCAUCCUGCUCGCCUACGUCACAGGCUACCAGUUCAUCCACACUGAGCAGCACCACCUUUCCUUUGGCCUCUACGGUGCCUUCCUCUCCCUCCACCUCUUCCUUCAGAGCCUCUUCGCCUUCCUGGAGCAUCGGAGGAUGAGGAGCCCCGCUCGGCCUCAGCACCUCCGCCGCUCCGUGGCCCUCUGCAUCGCGGCCUUCCAGGAGGACCCGGACUACCUGAGGAAGUGCCUGCGCAGCAUCCGUCGGAUCUCCUUCCCCGGCCUGAAGGUGGUGCUGGUGGUGGAUGGGAACCGGCCCGAGGACCGCUACAUGAUGGACAUUUUCCAGGAGGUGAUGGGGGGUGCCGACCAGGCGGGCAGUCUGGUGUGGAAGGGCAACUACCACAGCGAUGGGAGCGGAGGAGGAGGCGUCAGCGGCGGAGGGAGAAGCACGGUGCACAUGGAGGAGGCGGCACGAGUCGCUCGGCUGGUCAGAGGCUGUCGAUACUCCUGCGUCAUGCAGGAGUGGGGGGGGAAACGAGAGGUGAUGUACACGGCCUUUAAAGCCCUGGGAGACAGUGUGGACUACGUGCAGGUGUGUGACUCCGACACAGUCUUGGAUCCAGCCUGUACCAUAGAAAUGCUGAAGAUCCUCGAGGAAGAUGCGAUGGUGGGAGGAGUUGGUGGAGACGUGCAGAUCCUCAACAAGUACGACUCGUGGAUCUCCUUCCUCAGCAGCGUGCGCUACUGGAUGGCCUUCAACAUAGAGCGAGCCUGCCAGUCCUACUUCGGAUGUGUCCAGUGCAUCAGCGGCCCCCUGGGGAUGUACAGGAACUCUUUGCUCCAGCGCUUCCUGGAGCCCUGGUACCACCAGACCUUCCUCGGCUCCAAGUGCAGCUUCGGCGACGACCGCCAUCUCACCAACCGGGUGCUCAGCUUCGGCUACAAGACGAAAUUCACGGCGCGGUCGCAGUGCCAGACUGAGACGCCAACACAGUAUCUGCGUUGGCUCAACCAGCAGACUCGAUGGAGCAAGUCCUACUUCCGCGAGUGGCUCUACAACGCCCUGUGGUUCCACAAGCACAGCCUCUGGAUGACCUACGAGUCUGUGGUCACCGGGUUCUUCCCCUUCUUCCUGGUCGCCACCGUCAUCCAUCUCUUCUACCGCGGACGGCUCUGGAACAUCCUGCUCUUUUUAUUGACGGUGCAGCUGGUCGGGAUGGUGAAGGCCACCUACGCCUGUUUCCUGCGCGGCAGCCUGGUCAUGAUCUUCAUGUCGCUCUACUCUCUGGUCUACAUGUCCAGCUUGCUCCCUGCCAAAAUAUUUGCCCUGCUCACCAUCAACAAGGCGGGAUGGGGCACCUCAGGGCGCAGGAAGAUCGUUGUCAAUCUCAUUGGCGCCGUGCCCGUCACAGUGUGGGCGAUGGUGCUGCUCGGAGGUGUGGUGUACACCGUCUACUGCGAAACACAGGAGCCAUUCAGUGAGACAGAGAAAGCCUUGUUGAUAACAGGGACGAUACUCUACGCCUGCUACUGGAUCAUUCUGCUGGUGCUCUACCUCGCCAUCGUAGCCAAACGCUGCAACAAGAGGGAGGAGCAGUAUCACCUGCCGUACGCGGAGGCAUAAACCCUUUACCCAGAGAGACUGGUGGGACCUCCGCACCACAUUUCACUGCAGUGUGAUCCCAGUGAGGUCACGUCGACCCCGUGCACUGCUGGAGCGAUGAGCUGUGGACCAGCCACCGUCACAGCUUCAUCACUGGUGCUAAAAAGGUGUGAAUCUCAAAUCUGAGCAGCAGGAAUCGAAUCGAUUGGUGGGAGACGGAGAGAUGAUGCACAGAGCGCUCCCACUCAUAUCAUCCUCAAUGGUGCUUCACUUUAAAAAAAAAAAAAAACCAAACGGACCUGAACCAGGUUAUAAAGUGAUCAUACAAUGCUCAGAAGAACAUGUAUGGGUGCAGGUUACCUGUGAUAGCAACCGAAGUGUGAAGCGUGGUGCUUUUAAUAAAUAUAAAGCAGGACAACGGACAAAAUAAGAGACAAAGAGGUUUUAGUUACUAGUUUUAAUGUUCUUCAUUUUAGAGAAGAUGGAAUAAAAUGUAAUAGAGCCACAUUAUAAACACAAUAAGUUCUCUUAGAUUAGUCCAGCAGCUCUUUCCCUGAUGGGAUGAUGGAACGUUCAGGCGUUGGCGUAGAGCCGGAAAGAGGAUAAAGUUUAAAGUCGCUGCGGAACCGAGAUCUGGUUUAGCGUAAAUUAAUAGAUGUGGAUUUUUCUCUCGAGGCAAACUUGUGUUGGUUUAAGUUAAAAACAUAUUAAAUGUACUUCAUGACAAAUCUUCACAAAACUACAGAGAUGAUCGGAGAGAAGAAAGAACUGAAGGCAAAUAUCGAGUUCAGGUUUUUACUGAUAAAAGCAAUAUUCUGCAUUGAAAGAGGCGGUGAGCGUUCUGUUGGAAUUACUCAGCAGCUAAAGUAAUGAGUUACACUUCUCAUCACUUUCAUAUCUCACAUGUGGCUUCCUUUAUAUAUAUCACAUGUCUGGAAACAGAAAGUGACGAGGAAUGAUGACGGAAACCCAUUUUCACCAGUUACUGUAAAGAAAGAUGUAAAACGAUGCUCCUCCGCUUCCUCCCAGAGCCAGAACAUCCAGGAUUCGAGCCCCGGAGGCAUCACUUGAAAACCGAGUCUGUGCCGAUACUCGUCCGAUCGAUAGUUUUCAUCUUCUGCUCAAAUAAAUCGCAUCAUUCUGCGUCACCGUCGAAUCCAGUUUCCACUUCCUGCUGCUGUCAAAAAAAAUGAAGCCAAAAUAUCUUACACAUGGGCGCUGCCAUUUUGCUCUAGUGAUGUCAUUUGUAGCCAGUGUCUGUGCCGGAGCGGAGGCCACGGUUUAGAGGGCGCGUUGUUACGUGAGUCAGUCUCAGCUGUCAAUCAUGACGCAUCACCACGUGCUAAUAUCAAAUCCAUCGCUGAGAAACAUUUAUUUGUACUUGUACGACUUUUUAUUUUAACAACAAGAUGGUUCGGCUUCACUUUUGGGAGCCGUUGUGUCGGCCAUCUUUAUUUACAGUCCGUGAUUUUAUCGUACAUGCAGACAUGCAAGUGUGAGACGUUCUGUCACUUCCUGGAGGCGUCGUGUAAAAACCUCCAUCAGCCGUGAACAGCACAAUCAUCACCGUGUUUUCGUGGAGCAGCUGGGAUUCACCCGACCAGACAAUCUGAAACGUUUCCAUGUGACCUGCAGGGGUAUUUUUGGUGCUGUUGAGCAGUGUCAAACCUGUAACUUAUUGCCGUUCAGGCGUGGUCAUCUUUCAGUUCACCAGAGGGGGGCGUAGUUUCAUUCUAGCGAAUUUGUCGUAACUGUAUAUGGUUGUUUUAUAUAUUGUAAAGUUGCCAAAUUCUGUUUCUGUGACAGUAAAGUUUUACUACUGGACUCUGUCGUCUCAGCUGGACGUUUGUACGAGCAGACUUCGUUCAUUCAUCGCAUCAACACGAGUAAAGACUGAAAACCAAAGACGAGAGAUUUGAUUCCACUGUUUUUACGAUGUUUUUAUUAUUUACCUUCACCAAACCAGUUAUUUAUCAUCAGCGUUUGUUUGUUUGUUUGUUUGUUUGUUCUUCGGCAGGAUUAGGGCUCAGUCACACACACAUGAAGCUGAAACUCGCCACAGGAAGUUUUGUUCCUCGCUCGCACAGAUCAGAAGCAAAGAGAAGCUGAAGGUUCAUCUCGGAAAAAUUCACGUAUGUGUGACCAGGCCUUUGUGCACAAGGACGCUGGAAGUAGGGCUGCAGCACCCCCUGCUGACACGUGUCUGUAUGACGUCUGUGAGUUUUAUCUGAUUUUACAUCAAACUCCGUUUUUAAAAAAAUCCAACGUGCGAGCAGCAUCAGCGUUAACGUCUGUGGACAUUUCCUGAAUUUGUGCCAUUAAAUAACUUUGACUUUGAGCGGGAUGUGUACGUUUAAACUUGAACUCUUCUCGAGGAAACACACUGUGCAUUAAAAGUUCA